UCCUAUCUACAGUAUGAUGGCCAUUAUUUCAACUUGCACUGUCAGGAAUUGACUAACAAUAGACGUUAUGUAGUCUUUAGUUUUAGUUUAGUAUAAAGGUACGAGUGACAGCAGUCAGCCAACAACCAGAAUCAGCAUCAGCUUCCUCUCUGUGGAACUACUGAAGAUCAGCAACCACAAACAUGGGCAAAGUCAUCUUCUAUGAGGACAGGAACUUUCAGGGACGCUCUUAUGAGUGUAUGAGCGACUGUGCUGACAUGUCUUCCUUUCUGAGCCGCUGUCACUCCUGUAGAGUAGAGAGCGGAUGCUUCAUGAUGUACGACCGUCCUAACUACAUGGGAAACCAGUAUUUCUUUAAGAGGGGCGAGUACGCCGAUUACAUGUCCAUGUUUGGAAUGAGCAACUGGAUCAGAUCCUGUCGUAUGAUCCCUAUGCACAGGGGAUCCUACAGAAUGAGGAUCUACGAGAGGGAGAACUUCAUGGGUCAGAUGUACGAGAUGAUGGACGACUGUGACAACAUCAUGGACCGCUACCGCAUGUCUCAAUGUCAGUCCUGUCAUGUGAUGGACGGUCACUGGCUCAUGUAUGAGCAGCCUCACUACAGAGGCAGGAUGUGGUAUCUCAGGCCUGGAGAGUACAGGAGCUUCAGCAAUAUGGGUGGCAUGAGAUUCAUGAGCAUGAGACGUAUCAUGGAUUCCUGGUAUUAGUCUUCUAAUGUUUCAAUAAAA